AUGGCCUGGACUUCUGUCCUGAUCAUGCUGCUGGCCCACCUCACAGGUGGUGGCCCUCAGCCAGUGUUGCAUCAACCUCCAUCUGCCUCUUCCUCACUUGGAACCACCAUCCGUCUCACCUGCGCCCUGAGCAGCAACCAUAACAUGGACAUUUACAGCAUUUACUGGUUCCAGAUGAGGCCAGGUCACCCUCCCAGGUUCCUGCUGGGACAUUUCUCACACUCAGACAAGCUCCUGGGUCCUAAGAUACCCGCUCGCUUCUCCGGAUCCAUAGACGUGGCCAGGAACCUGGUGUACCUGAGCAUCUCUGAACUGCAGCCUGAGGAUGAGGCUGUGUAUUAUUGCGCCAUGGGCCGGAGCCAGGAAAGGGAGAAGUGGAUGGAGAGGGAGAGACAAGGAGAAAGAAAAGUAGUUCCAGAUUCGGGAUCCCAGGCUCUAGAGACAUUCAGACCCUGA